AGUAACGGGGCAUUUGAAUUUGUCUGGAUUAUUAUUAGACCAGCCGCUACUGAUAACGCAAAGUGCAAACAAUGUAUCAAAAUAUUAUUGAUGUUUAAAAAUUGUAUUAAAUAAUUAGUCUUAUCAUCGUAAAUUUCCGUUUACCAGGACAAUGUCGGAUGCCCCAAGUCAGAUACCAGGAUUAAAACAGAAGAAAGUGUUUAAAAUAAUCGUGUUAGGUGAUUCUGGUGUUGGCAAAACGUGUUUAACUUAUCGGUUUUGCGAAGGACAGUUUUUAGAUAAAUCUGAGGCUACAAUCGGUGUUGAUUUUAGAGAAAGGAACAUUAAAAUUGGCGGGGAAGACAUUAAGUUACAGCUAUGGGACACUGCAGGCCAGGAGAGGUUCCGCAAGUCCAUGGUGCAGCAUUACUACAGGAACGUCCACGCUGUUGUCAUAGUUUAUGAUGUCACCAAACCUGAGUCAUUUCAUUCAAUUGCUAGUUGGAUGCAAGAGGUAGAGUCGCAUGGGCUGAUGCGUGCGCCCAGAGUCCUGGUGGGGAACAAAUGUGAUUGCGGCACUCCGGAGUCCCGGCUCGCCACUACGUAUGCCCAGAGGCUGGCCGAUAAAUAUGGGAUGCCUCUGUUUGAAACAUCAGCGCUUCUAGACUCGGAGUGCGAUAACGUGGAGUCGAUCUUCAUGACGCUGGCACACAAGCUCUACUCCAAACAGCCUCUCAGGGUUGUCAGCGUUGAGGGGGAGCAAGGCCCAGGAGUAGUAAAUCUUCAGCGCCAGAAACGCAACACGAAUUCCAACGACAGUUGUCUAUGCAGCUAAACUGUCCCCACACAUAGUCACUACGCAAUGUAACACUCAACUAUUCCGUCUAAGCAUCCAUGACCAAUUGCCACGAGUCACGACAUACAUUUAAGCAUUUUUUUAAUAUUUAUGAAGCUGUUUAAUUUGCUAAAAUGCUUAUAAUUAAUACAAAAUUAAAAUCUUUGUUGAAUCAUUCCAUUAUAUUCUGCUUUUAUGGGCAUUUAUUUACAUUCUAACUUGAUUAAUUUUAUUGGCUAAUUAACUAUUGGCAUUUGUAUAGCAUUAAUACUUGAAUUAAUGUUGUAUUAAAACUGUAAUUUUAUAUUGACAGAAUAUUAUUUAUUAUUUAGGCUUUAUGCGCUAUCAUAUAUUGGUUGUGUCUAUGCUAGAUUUAAAUAUAUUAUUAUGUAAAUCAUUCCAUUUAUUUGUCUGCCAAGUAAACAUACAUACGUAACAAUUAACAAUGCAUGCCUAAAUAAUCUGCUUUUUACGUGAGAUUAGCAAAAUUUUGAGUGCAAUAUUAUUAAAAAAUAGUCAUUAAUUGUAGCUUUGAUUUCGUCUGCUAACAUAAUAUAUUAUUUACACUAUUAUGAAGAGGCUAUGACAUGAAAAUAAUGUCUAACUUGUGUGUAAUUUUAGGCAGCUCUCUGCUUUAUUUAUUUGUCGGUGAGCGUGAAGUCCUAACUAGGGCUAUAAGAAUGUUCAAAUAUAGUAUAGUCUGGAAUUGUACCCAAUUGAUGGCAAUAGGCUAACUAUUAUCACAAAAAAUAAUAUUAGUGUUAGUAUAUUGUUCAUCUGUCUUUCCCCUCAAGGAAAUGGCAAGAUGUAAAAUUACGAAAAACACCAAAAAUCGAACCUUCCAGUCGUAUAAGAUAUGGUAAAACGAACCUUGUGCCAAUAGUAAUAAUGUUGAAAUUGCAAUAAACUUUUCGUGGUGGUAAUGUAGGUCAACUUAAAUAAAUUAAAGUUUUAUAUAGCGUAACAGUAUUUUAUCUUCCAUAUUUUGUCGUCUAUUAAAUAAAUGUUCGAUAUUUUUACCUUUGUAUUCUAAUAAUUCGAUUAAAUUAACGUAAGAAUGGUUGGGGAAUUUUGCUAAACGCUCUUUAGUGGACUGACCGGACGAAUAGCAAAACGUCAAAAUAAAGAUAUAGGUUUAUGUUAAUUUUAAAUAUUUUAUUAUUAUUUUUAUAGAUAUUUUAUUUUUACCAAUUAUAUUUCUCUCACUCAUAUUAAAAACAAGGAACUUUUUUUACGUUUUUCAAAGCUAGGUCAGUCUAAUUAUAUAGCGUUGGAUAUGCGCUGUGGAAUAACAAGAAAACAAUGUAUUUCAGGCCUUAUAUAAAACUGUAGACCGGUCGAUUAUGUAAGGAUUCGUCAACAAACAAAACCUAUGAAUUUUAAUAUUGUGUGUGAAAUGAUAAAAUUGUGUAACACUUAAUUUAUUUUUAUAUAAGAUUAGCAGUUGUAAGUAUUAGAGGGAGAACGUGAAAUCAUUGAGAUAUUAAUAAAUCGUUUUAUGUUGUUA